AUGGGGAGAAUCUCAUCGCUCAAACUGCUGCCCCUUGUGGCUAGCUGCGCCUUUGCUGGUGUCAAAUAUCCUGAGAUUCCGACCGAUUUGACUACACCAUUCCAACAACGAUUGACACUUUAUGGACCGGAUGCCGUGUCUGUUGGUUGGAACACCUAUGGGCAGCUGGAGCAGAGUUGCGUUAGUUAUGGCUUGUCAGAGAGCAAGCUGGACACCAAAGCUUGCUCGUCUUCGUCGACCACCUACGACCCCUCCAGGACGUGGUCCAAUGUCGCUGUCCUAACAGGCCUGACACCCGCAACAACCUACUACUAUAAGAUCGAGUCCACCAACUCGACUGUGGGCCAUUUUCUCAGCCCUCGCACUCCUGGCGAUAACACCGCGUUCAACAUGGAUGUGGUCAUUGAUCUAGGUGUCUACGGCAAAAACGGCUUCACAUCCAAAAGCACCAAGAAGGACACCAUCCCAGUGGUCGAGCCAGAACUAAACCACACCACAAUUGGUCGCCUCGCGAAAACGAUCGACGAUUACGAGCUUAUCAUCCACCCAGGAGACUUCGCUUACGCCGACGACUGGUAUCUCAAAUUCCAAAACUUGUUCGAUGGCAAAGAAGCCUACGAGGCUAUCAUCGAACAAUUCUACGACCAAAUCGCACCAAUCGCAGGCCGCAAGCCCUACAUGGCUAGUCCAGGAAAUCACGAAGCAGACUGUUCCGAGAUUCCAUACUUGAACGGCCUUUGCCCUAAGGGCCAAAACAACUUCACUGAGUUCAUGCACCGUUACGAGAAAACUAUGCCGCAGUCUUAUGUUUCCUCGUCAUCCAACAAAACAGCCCAAACCCUAGCCCGAACGGCCCGCAACCUUUCAAAACCGCCAUUUUGGUAUUCCUUCGAAUAUGGCAUGGCCCACGUUGUAAUGAUCGAUACCGAAACAGAUUUCCCCAAUGCACCAAGCGGCAAAGAUGGCUCCGCCAAGCUGAACGGUGGACCAUUCGGCACUCCGAAUCAGCAGCUCGAUUUCCUCAAGGCUGAUCUCGCUUCCGUCGACCGCUCUGUCACGCCCUGGGUAAUCGUGGCUGGACACAGACCGUGGUACUCAACAGGAGGAUCGUCGAACGUCUGCGGUCCCUGCCAAGAGGCGUUCGAAGGCCUGUUUUACCAGUACGGCGUUGACCUCGGUGUUUUUGGCCAUGUGCACAACUCGCAGCGAUUUGCGCCUGUUGUUAAUGGUACCGCCGAUCCCAAUGGUAUGAAGGACCCUAAGGCGCCCAUGUAUAUUGUUGCUGGAGGUCCGGGUAAUAUUGAGGGUCUGAGCUCCAUUGGCAGCAAGCCUGCUUAUACCGAGUUUGCCUAUGCCGAUGACUAUAGCUACAGCACGCUUAGAUUUUUGGAUGAGCAGCACUUGCAGGUUGAUUUUGUGAGGUCUUCUACUGGAGAGAUCUUGGAUUCUAGUACUUUGUAUAAGGAGCAUGCGACGGAUUUUGUGGACCAGUGA